AUGAAGUUACACCCUGAUUUCCAGGAGCAACCGUGGUGUCGUGACAUACUCGACGACCCGCAAGUUCAGUUCGUAGAGGCACCCACUUCCGAUGUCGUCGCGAACGGGAUACCGGCAACUCAAGGGAAUGAGAGGAGAGUUAGCAACAGCAUGUUCGUACGCACGCUCUACAACGCCAGCUCCAAUGCUAUUCGGGCACAAAUCAAUUUUAGUCGUCCAGUGCGCGAACCUGAUGCCAUCACUCCAGACGAAUAUUGUUAUCUGUUAUCUAUAGGCGACGGUCUCGACGGCAAGACAGGUCGUGCUCAUGGAGGCUUCAAUGCGCUGAUUUUGGAUCAAAUGACCGGCACUACUGCGAGCAAGGUCGGCGGCAGCUUUGCGCCGGCCACUGCAAGGCUAGAAAUGGACUAUGCUGCUCCGAUCGAUACGCCAGGUAUAGUGCUGUGUCGAGGUUGGACAGUCGAGAGAAGUGGGAGGAAGACGUGGGUUAAAGCUGUGAUUGAGGACGGCAAAGGACGACUACUAGCAAAAGGAAGAGCUCUAUUUAUUGACCCUAAGAACAGCAAACUUUAG